CACCAUGUCGUUUCGCUUGGCGAGGCCCUCGCUCAAAUAAGAGUUGAUGUCGAGUCCGGACCACGAAGCGCCCCAAUCGGCGACCGCCGGACAUGACGACCGCGCCGAAGGCGCCUCGACCCCGCGAUCCAGGAGGCCCGUUUCGUACCCGUGCGGGCCGGAGAGCGGCGUCGAACUCGACCACUUCAACCCGGAGAAGCGGCUGUCGGAUCCGCUGCGGCCGGCCGCGCCGGCCAGGAGCAAGACCCAGGUGAGGCCGUUCACCAAGGAGUCGCUCGAGAAGUUGCAGAAAAAGACUGUGCAACUGGUGCGCGAGUACGGCUUCCAGCCGAGGAGGAAGUUGAGUGUCGAGGAUGGGUCGCGGUUGCCGGCGAAAUUUGAACCGUUUCCCCCCAAGUUGUAUGGCAGGCCAUUGGAGGAGAUCGACAAUUUCAUCUACGAUGAGACGUUCUGCGUGGUGUCGAAGAGGUUCCGAAAAAACUACAUUCAUCGAUUCACCGCGACGAGUUCCGUCUUCUACUUCAGCCCGUUCAAUCCCAUCAGAAAGACAUGUAUAUAUUUGUGCACCAAUCAAUACUUCGAUUAUUUGGUUAUGGCCACCAUUUUGCUCAACUGCGUCUUCCUUGCCAUGGCCGAAACGAUCGAGGAAGCCGAGUAUAUUUUUUUAGCAAUUUAUACCCUCGAGAUGUUAAUAAAAACAAUCGCAAAAGGUUUUAUAUUGAACAAAUACACAUAUCUGCGGAAUCCCUGGAACUGGCUGGACUUCGUCGUCAUCACCAGCGGCUACGCCACCAUCGGCAUGGAGGUCGGAAAUCUCGCAGGACUCAGGACCUUCCGGGUGCUCAGAGCCUUAAAAACCAUUUCCAUUCUACCAGGUUUAAAGACGAUCAUCAACGCUCUUCUGCACUCCUUCAAGCAAUUGGCAGAGGUGAUGACCCUCACCAUCUUCUGCCUGAUGGUGUUCGCUUUGUUCGCCCUGCAGGUGUACAAAGGGGAGCUGCGCAACAAAUGCGUGCUCAAAAUGGACGAUCACAAUGCUUCCUACGAGGUCUGGUUUAACUACACGCAGGACCCGUCGAAUUGGCUGUACCGAAACGAGACGGACGAUCCGAUCAUCUGCGGCAACGUGACCGGCUCCAGGCAUUGCCCGCCGACGCACACCUGCCUCUGCACCGGCGGCAAUCCCAACCACGGCUACACCAGCUUCGACAAUUUCCUCUGGUCGAUGCUGACCACAUUCCAGCUCAUUACCCUCGACUAUUGGGAGAACGUUUACAAUAUGGUGUUAUCAGCUUGCGGCCCUAUCAGCGUUUCCUUUUUCACCGUCGUAGUGUUCUUCGGCUCCUUCUAUCUCAUCAAUCUAAUGUUGGCUGUGGUAGCUCUUAGUUACGAAGAAGAAGCGGAAAUUACCCAGGAGGAGCGCAAGAAGGAGCUCGUGGACCACCGGGAGGACUCCACGUUCAGCUUCGACCCGUCGACGUUGAACGUCAAGAAGCUGUCGAAGCAGAAGAUAAAGAAGAUCGACGCCCGCAAGGGCGUGCUGCUGUCGUCGUACACGAGGAAGAAGACGCGCCGCAGGAAAAGGAACAGGAACUCCACGAUCACCGGCGCCAAAACCGGCGCGGAAAACAACGGCAAUAAACCAGAGACUAAAGACUCUACUAGUUCGUUAAGGUCGUCUCCGAAGAAAAACAGUCGACGAUCAGUGACGCCCAGUCGCAGCCCCAGCCCAAGGCACAGCCAGCACAGCCAACAGAGCCAGGAGUCUCCCCGGCCCCAGGUCUUACCUCUUCCUCACCCUCUUCCGAAGCACGUCCAGCUCAACGACCCGAAGCAAAGGGACACAUUGCACCCGCAUAAUACUCUAGGUCCCAACCCCAACAGAUUGGGCCUGCAGAGCAGGCAGGCGAGCAGCAACAGCGGCGAAGGCAACAACAGGGAGUCCUCCUUGGACGAUUCGGGCGUCGUGGACGAUCACGAACCGGAGGGUGACGCCACGUCCGAGGAGGCCACCACUCAUCUUACAUCCAACACUAGGCAAAGGAUAGAAGUGACGCCCGUCACGGUGGCUGUGAGUCCCAAAGAGAUAAAAGUGAUCAAAUGCAACGGCGUGGGCAGCUGUAAAAAGAAAAAGGAAGUCUACACGCUGCAACCCGAUUGUCUCUCGCAUAUCGUAGUAAUAAAUCAAGAAAUUCCCGAUAGAAAUUGCUCAGGUUGCGAACAGUGCUGCAUGGACUACGAAGGUUGGCUGCAAUUCCAACAAGGACUCUACCAAAUCGUUAAAGAUCCUUUGUUCGAAUUGACUAUUACCGUUUGCAUCGUCCUUAAUACCAUGUUCCUGGCUAUGGAACACCACGGUAUGAGCGAAUCAGUACUUAGGUGCUUAGAUAUAGGUAACAAGGUUUUUACUUCCAUAUUCACGUUCGAGUGUUGCCUGAAGAUAAUGGCGUUGAGCAAGGACUUCUUUCACUGCGGUUGGAACAUCUUCGACCUCAUCAUAGUCUCCGCCAGCUUGCUCGACCUCGUUUUCGAAUUGGUCGACGGCCUGUCCGUGCUGCGGGGGCUCAGAUUGCUAAGGGUGCUUAAAUUAGCCCAGUCAUGGAUAACGAUGAAAGUGCUGCUCAGUAUCAUCAUCAGUACAAUCGGGGCUUUGGGAAAUUUGACGCUGGUGUUGGCGAUAGUGAUAUACAUAUUCGCUGUGAUUGGUAUGCAAUUAUUCUCAAAGGAUUACACGGAGGAGAUAUUCUUUCCCGAUCCGGUGCCGAGGUGGAAUUUCAACGAUUUUUUUCAUUCGUUCAUGAUGAUUUUUCGAAUUUUGUGCGGCGAGUGGAUCGAGCCGCUUUGGGAUUGCAUGAGGGCCGAAAAAGCGGAGGGUUCUGGAACGUGCUUGGCCGUGUUCCUGCCCACUUUGGUAAUGGGAAACUUCAUGGUGCUGAACUUGUUCUUGGCCUUGCUGCUCAACAGCUUCAAUUCCGAGGAAUUGAAAACGAGGAAAGAGGAAGUCGGCGAUGAAUCGAAGUUGGCCCAGAGUUUCCAAAGGAUCCGGGACCUGAUGAAAAAGGGUCGGCUCACCGAACAAAAGGAUAACGAAAGCAACUCCAGAUUAGAGCGGAUCGUUAGGGAAGUCAUGCAAAGGCACGCCGAAGAGGAGGCCCUCAGAGCCGUGGAGAAGCCCGCCAGAGCCGCCCAGCAGACCGUCGUGGGCUUUCCGAGGGACAAGAGGAGCUACCAGGAGGCCAUGAACAGGCCGAUUUCCAUAAUUAGCUACGAUCCGCCGGAGUAUCAGGAGAAAAUACUGGAAAAGGAGGAGUUCAACGAGAGCCCGAAGUUGUACGACAAGAACGCCGCCGAAGAAACCGCAAAAACGCCGAAACCCAAUAAAAAAAUUAAAAUCCUGCAGAACAUGUCCUCUGGUAUUGGUUCAAUCGAAAACAGCAAAGAAGAGACGAGCCUAAUUAAUCCGAAAUCGGGCGAGCAAGGGACGUCAAUGGACUCGGAAAACGAGGAGCAGCAUCAGCGAACGCCCAAGCAGAAAUCGAGCGAUAAUAAUCCAUUCGACGGCGGCGACAAACCGUGGCAAACGCUGGUGUCGUACGUGGAUGAAUUGACCGUCGGCGGCAGGCGCAACUCCAAAGGGCAAUACGUCGACGGCAUGGGGAAUUUUCCCGGAUUCGGGAUGAAGAAGGCGCCUCUGGUGGCGCCCGACUGCUUCCCGUCCAAUUUCUACGUGAGGUGUUCCUGUUUAAACAAAUGCGCCGAAUCCAACCUAGGCCAAAAAUGGACGGACCUGCGGAAGCUAAUCCUAGGCGUCGUCGACACAGCUGCCUUCGAAUGGUUCAUACUAGUCCUAAUAUUCGCCUCGAGCGUAACCCUCUGCUUCGAAGACAUCCACCUCGACGAGAACCCCGACCUGAAGCUCGUCCUCUACUGGACCAACCUCGCCUUCUCCGUCAUCUUCAUCCUGGAGAUGUUCCUCAAGUGGUUCGCCAUCGGUUUCCACAAGUACUUCACCAGCUUCUGGACCCUGCUGGAUUUUUUAAUCGUAUUCGUGUCGCUGUUCAGCUUGCUGAUCGAAGAGAACGAAAAUCUCCGCGUGCUGCGCUCCUUGAGGACUCUCAGAGCGCUGAGGCCGCUCAGAGCGAUCAGCAGGUGGCAGGGAAUGCGUAUUGUCGUCAACGCUCUGAUGUACGCCAUUCCCAGCAUCUUCAACGUGCUGCUGGUGUGUCUCGUCUUCUGGCUGAUAUUCUCCAUUAUGGGAGUGCAGUUUUUCAGCGGGAAAUUCUACAAGUGCGUCGACGACGAAGGGGAACGAUUAAACACAUCUGUUGUGGACAAUAAAUGGGAAUGCCUCAGCAAGAACUACACGUGGAUCAAUUCGAAAAUCUCCUUCGAUCACGUGGGGAUCGCCUAUUUGGCCUUGUUUCAAGUGGCGACUUUUGAGGGUUGGAUGGAGGUGAUGGCGGACGCCGUGGACGCCAGAGGCGUCGAUUUGCAGCCCCAAAGAGAGGCGAAUCUGUAUGCUUACAUUUACUUCGUGAUUUUCAUCGUUUGCGGGUCGUUUUUUACGCUUAACUUGUUCAUAGGAGUCAUUAUAGAUAAUUUUAAUAUGCUCAAGAAGAAGUACGAAGGUGGUGUUUUGGAAAUGUUCCUGACGGAAAGCCAGAAGCAUUAUUACACGGCGAUGAAAAAAUUGGGUAGAAAGAAGCCGCAGAAAGUAAUAAAAAGGCCGAUGAAUCAAUGUUUGGCGAUGUUCUACGAUUUAUCGAAUUCCCGUCGGUUCGAAAUAGCAAUAUUCGUGUUGAUUUUUUUAAAUAUGCUCACCAUGGGAAUCGAGCAUUACGGUCAGCCGCAUGCGGUGUUCUUUGUUUUAGAAGUUAGCAAUGCCUUUUUUACAACUGUGUUCGGAUUAGAAGCGAUAGUCAAAAUAAUAGGAUUAAGAUACCAUUACUUUACCGUUCCAUGGAAUGUUUUCGAUUUUUUAUUAGUUCUGGCUUCCAUUCUCGGCAUUCUCAUGGAAGACAUUAUGAUAGACUUCCCCGUUUCUCCAACUCUCCUUAGAGUAGUCAGAGUAUUUAGGAUAGGAAGAAUUUUACGAUUGAUAAAAGCUGCCAAAGGUAUAAGGAAGCUACUUUUCGCGUUAAUAGUGUCCCUUCCCGCUUUGUUCAACAUCGGGGCCCUUCUCGCUCUGAUAACCUUCAUAUACGCCAUUAUCGGUAUGUUUCUUUUCGGUCACGUUCGUCAACAGGGCGCCCUCGACGAUAUGGUGAAUUUCGAAACGUUCGGAAGGUCCAUGCACCUUCUGUUUCGACUAAUAACAUCAGCCGGUUGGAACGACGUGUUAGAAUCGCUAAUGAUCGAAUAUCCAGACUGUGAUCCAAGUUAUAGAAAUCAGAGUAACGGUGAUUGUGGUUAUCCACUUCUAGCAAUAAUAUAUUUUAGUAGUUUUAUUAUUAUAAAUUAUAUGAUAGUCAUUAACAUGUACAUCGCGAUCAUCCUCGAGAAUUUCAAUCAAGCUCAUCAGGAGGAAGAGAUCGGCAUCGUCGAAGACGAUUUGGAGAUGUUCUACAUCAGGUGGAGCAAAUAUGAUCCACACGCGACGCAAUUCAUCCGGUUCACGCAACUAUCGGACUUCAUAGCCUCUCUGGACCCUCCUCUGGGCAUAUCCAAACCCAACACUGUGGCUUUGGUGAGCUUCAACUUGCCCAUAGCCAAAGGCAACAAGAUCCAUUGCCUGGACAUCCUGCACGCGCUGGUCAAACACGUGCUGGGCCACGUCGAAGAGACUGAGAACUUCCGGCAGCUGCAAGAGCAGAUGAGCAUCAAAUUCAAGAAGCAAUUCCCCACUAGAAAAGAACUGGAAAUCGUCUCGUCCACCAGGAUAUGGAAGCGACAGGACAAGGCGGCCAGGCUCAUCCAGAAGACUUACAAGGAUUUCGUUAAGCGCAAGAAGGACGCGGAACGCGAACAAGAAGACGAAACGACGCAGACGUCGUCGCCGGGCACCGGCUGGCAGGGCAAGCUGUCGGCCUUCCUGCACGUGCAUCGAGGGAGUCGCGCAUCCUCUCGCAAGUCCUCCAGGGCGUCAGACGCCAGCGACCUCAGCGAGCUGGGCGGACCGUGGUUGAAUCUGCCGCUGCUGUUGCUCUCCGGCGCCACCAACAUGUCCCCCGAGGAAUUGGAUUUGACGCGCGACGCCGCCGAUGUCAGCAUCAAGGUCAGCGAGGCCACGCCGGAAUCCGGAACGACGCCGGUGACGCCGACGCCGUCUUCGCAGCCGCGCCGCCGGAGCGUCUACAGCUUCCCGUUCUUCCUGCGCCACCAGGACGCCGUGGAGAGGCCGGACGACAAGACGUCGCCUCUGCUGGGCCACAAAGAGCUGAAGGCGUCUCAGACGCUGCACCCGGUCGCGGUGGACGAGUCGAAGCAGAAGCGGGGCAGCAUUGUGCGAAGGAAGAAGGGCAGCUCGGUGAAGUCUCGUCCGAAUUCGAUGACGGGCGGCGGGUGCCAGAGGACGCAGUCGGAGAAGUGCACGAGUACGGACGUUAGCAUACUGGUGACGGACGCUUCGCCGGAAAGCAACAUCACGAGGCCGUCGUUGAACAGGCAAAACAGCGAGUCGACUAUAGUGCAGGUGCUGGUGCACAGGGAAAGCGAGGAAUACAAUAACGAGGAAGAGGAGGAGAUGACUUGUUCGAAGAUAGCUGAAGACGAAGAUGUUGCUGGCCCACCGGAAGUAGAAAGCGCGCCAACUGACGUAGUUGUAGACAUUAAAGAUGAGGAUGAAUUGUGCAGCUGAUCUUUGCUGAACGACCAAAAUGUUUCGGGCUAAAUAGGAGUACUUGUUUGAUUUGCGAUGAGCAUUCGAAACUUUGGGUAAACUGUUAAAACGGCGCGAGUUCUCAAGAUGUAUGAAACGUUAGAGUUUCGAAUGCCUCUCGGCAAUUUGUUUUUAAAUGUCCGAAAUUGUUGUUGUAAUAUAUUAGUAGUUAGGAUGAGUAAAAGUGAGAGUUACAGGGCAUAUUGUAUCACCUUAUUGUCGAAUUCGUUUUUAAUGACAAUCAAUAUUAUGUUAUGGUGGAGAUUUUAUUAAAUUUAUUGUUUCAUUGGGGCCAAACCAUUUUACCUUUUUGACUGUAAGUAAUUGUUAAUUUAUUAGUAAGCUGGUUUACUUACCUAUUUUAUUAUAACUUAUUUAUAGUUUAAAAAUCGACUAUUGCCUUUACAAUUUUAUUCCAGAUAUUUAAGAAAAAAUGCCUAGUUAAAUAAUGCUUGCAGCUUGUUGUAGUGUCUUGUAUAUAAAUCAAAAAUGUACCGGUUAUAAACUUCCAUGUAAAAUUAGAAAUAACGUCAUACAGUAUGCUCGAAUUUUUGAUAUUAGCCUAUUUAAGUUCGUUAUUGAAUGCCUUCGUGUUUAGAGAAAAAAGGUUCCUAUUUGAUAGAUUUUAAAAUACGCCUUGCAGUUUUACAUACUCGUAGUUUUAGAUUCGUUAGUUCUUAAUUCGAGGGACGAUUUUACGAUAAACACGACGCCGAUUUUCGUUAACUUAUGACAAAGCAGUAGAUUAAAUUCUAAAAGAUGAAAUAAAAUAUGUAGAUUGCCCAAGGCAUUCGAAAUUUUUACCUAUUAAUUAUUUCGACAAAAAUACGAGUAAAAUAGAACGUUUGAAGUGCUCUGAAAUUGUUUUGAUUACCUCGAUUACUGGCUUGAAAAAUUGUUGAAAAAUUUUUAUUAAUCUACCAAUUUUAAAAAUAUAUCAAGUUAACUGAAAGAGUAAUCUUCAAAUUUGAAUUUUAUCAGUAUUUUUGCUGAAUAUAAGUAUAGUGAAAUUUUAAAGUUGCUAGUUAUAGUUCAAAUUUUAUUUCAUGUUACAUAUGAAUAUAGAAACGCAGGUUAUUCUAAGGUCAAUUAUUAUAAAAGAUGUUGUUAAUUUAUUAAAUGAAUUAUGAGAAAAUUGUACCUAUACAAUCAUAAAGAGUUUUAGAAUAGAUUAUAUAAAUUAGCAUUUUACUUUGUUUUCGACUUCUUAUAGUACGCUUGGGUUUUUACCAGUUGUUUUAUCUUUACUUAUAAAAACGACAAAUAAAAUUAUAGUUACAUAAUCAGAGGUGUUUUAUCUAUAUACAGGUUGUCCCGGGAAAUAAAAAGAAAUUGAAGUCUACCCAAGAAAUCAUGCUCUUGAAAUUUCCACAGAAAGUAGAUUGCAUUUUCUUUAAUUAUGAAAAGUUUACAUACAUAAAUUCUAACUUAUGCUGUCAUACUAGCUACGAAACUAUUAUCUUCAUUGUCAACUACUUGAGAACCAGGAAUUCGAGCAGGAUUCUAAAAAUUUAAUAAAAUAAUAGUUAAAUAAAUUCAUAAUUGAAUUAAUUGAAUGGAACAAAAUAAAUUCUUACCAAUAAUUUGGCCCGAUCUUCCAAUAAUCCAUAGGCAAAAUGAUUCAGAAUUAAGCUCCUUGGUAACGCAACACCUUGGAAUCUAUAAAUAUGCCCAUCGGGAAUAUCAGUAUUCAAUUUAAUAACAUUAGCAAUGGUUAUUCUCCCCAUAUGGUUAGUAUUAGGUAUCAUAGGUCCUUUGGAUAUAUCUAUGUGUGUACCGGCUCUGAAUAAUGUAACUUUAUCAUCGUUAUUUUCCGCUAUGUCCGGAAUUUGUUUGGUUUUAUGAGGAUUCUCUUUGAAAAUCUCGAAUGCCACGUCUUUCGAAACAUCCAAGUGCUCGAUCGGUAGUUCUUUCUGGCAAAAUUUAAUCAUUUCCAACGAUAAUACUUUUAACUCCGAAGCUGUGGGUUUCCAGUCUUCGAGUUCCAACUGUACAUCGUAAACAAAACUUCCAGAUUUCACUAAAAACACUCGAAUUAACUGAGGACUUGAUACAACGAAAUAGCUUCUUACCGUUAGGACUAGGAAAACUAUGCAAAUGUAAUUUAAUGUUAUCUUUAAAUGCCUGCGAGACUACAGCACCCAUAAGGAAACUGCAACUUCUCCAAAACGUUUUAUUCACUAAAACCGGGUUCGGUGAUUGAUAAUGGAGGAAUUGGAGUUUGCAAGUGUCCGGAAUCGGUUUGUGCAUGUGCCAUAAAGUUUCCCCAUUUAAUAAAGCUACAACCGACAUAUUGC